AUGGAGGCAAGGAGGCUAAGAGAUUUGAGCGAGAAGAACUUAGCCAUUUUUUAUCUAGGGAAAGAAAAGGAUACUCGAUUGAAAGCAUACAAAAGCCAAUAUCCAUUAGUGGAUUUAUCGACACCGAAAGCAUGCGAAAAUCCAAAAGACACCACAAGGGUAGAACAAUUCUUCAAUUUAAUUUUCACAGAGUUUCAUAAUCAACCACCAAUUUGUGUUUGUGUUCAAAUGUGCUUAGAACAAGCUACUUAUUGUUAUCCAAACGGCUGUUUAAGAAGACCGGACAGAAAGAUAGAAGGAACAACUGCUAAACCAGUCAAUCGUAUUCAAUAUGAAACGACUAAAUCUUCAAUGUUUUUAGUUGAUAAAGAUCAGGACUUCGAUGAUAUAUUUGAAGUAACUAACCGUAAGAUUAACGCAGAAAAAGAACUAACAAUACAAAUGAACGAAGUUUUACAUACUCCAAAUCCUUUCAAGGAACUGGUGUUAAAAUACAAGAAAUUACCAAAACUGGAAAUGAGAUAUAAUUUGAGGGAACAAGUGAAAAAUUCAAAAGCAUCCAAGUCAAAGAGGGAUAGAUUAGACGUAUCGAAGACAAGAUGGCCAAUGAACAGGCACUUUCUGCACGGAAAGAAACUAUUUAACAGUCUCUAUAAAAAUAACAAUAGAAUAAAACAAACUAAGUUCUUCAUAUCAAUGAGUCCAGAAGUCGAAUCUGUUAUAGAUGUACCAGUGUAUAAGAGUUUUAUAAAUAAGCGGGAAGAUACUGGUGCUAAUAUGGAGGCUUUAUAUCUGUAUAAGACGGACAUCGCAAAUUUUUCUUUAGAAACUCUUAUAGAUAACUUAAUUCUUAGUACCAUAGAUAAGAAUAAAGUAAUUAAAACAUUUGAUGAAACUACAACAUCUACACAAGAUAUGCAAAUGACAGAUUCUUUAAUUCUCAAUGACGCUAAUACUAAUCAUGAUAGUACAGAUAUAAAUGUUAAAAUGAGCUUUACAAAAGAAGAUAUUGCAAAUAACUAUUUAAAUGUCUUAAACAUAACGAAUAAACCUAACUACGCGGAAAUGAUCACGACUUUGUCAAAAGAAAUAGAUAAACAAAAUAAUAUUACUAUAGAGAUGGUGAAAGGCUUUAUUGAAGAGGAAAAUUUAUAUGUUUUAAUAAAUUCGACUGUUGUAGAUGGUGUUUUAGGAUACAAUCAAACGUUUAAAGAUGGUUAUUCUAAUUUAACGGAAGCUAAUGCGCAAACAGCAGAUUCUAAAAAAAAUAACGAUAAUUUUACUUUAUCUACAAAAAGAUUUACAGUUCCCAUUUUAAGAACCUCUCUGAGGAAACCAAAUAGGAAGCGUAUUGUACGUAAAUUACUU